CUGUACCCCUACUUUGUGGAAAUGGUCUGGUUUGUUAUGGAGAAAUACCACAGCCAUCUCAAGUACAUGGAAGAGAGAGGAAAGGGUAAUUCUGUCUUACUGGAAGAAGAAGUGGAAGGGUUGAAUCUUCUCAUUUCCCGACUGGAGGAAAAUCCCACGUUUCAAGCUGCAAUACCAGCGCAAAUCAAGGAACCUAAGAUACUCUUACAGGAAGUUAGAGAUCUACUGCUGCACGCUGAGAUAGACAGAGUUUACACCGACUACUCCGAACCUCUCAUAUCACGUGACAUGAACGUAUCCCUUAGUGACUCCUCCCCUAAGAAACUCUGCAACACUCGUCUUAUCGCCAGCAACCGGCCCUUCAAGAUGUCCUCGUCAGAUACAAGUGAGGGUGAGCCCAGUGAGGACGAGCCCCUGCCUGAUUGUGCGGAAGAAAAAGACAGGUCCCAUGAAGAUAUAGAUAUAAAGAGUGACUUCUCAGACCUCAGCCCUGAUAAGAUGUUAUCUUCCUCUGCUAGUUCUACCGAGAUCACGUCUCCUGAUACCCCCAGAAAGAGACGGAAACUAAAGCCGAGUAUUAUGAACUCCUAUCUGAAGACAUUUGAGUUAGAUGAUGACGAGGAGGAGGAGGAGGAGGUACCUGACUCUGUUACCAAGAAGAAAAAGAAGAAGAAGAGAAAGUCUCCCUCCUGUGAGGUGAAGAAGAAAAACAGGAGGUGUGGGAAGUGUGAACAGUGCACUAGUAAGAAUUGUGGAACGUGCAAGUUCUGUCUGGAUAUGAGGUGUUUCGGGGGACCCAACCUUAAGAGACAAUCCUGCAUUCUCAGACGCUGCGUUAACAUCGGCACCAACAAGGGUGCACCAAAGUUUUUGACAGGCAAUGAUCAUCAGCAGAUAUUCCAUGUGGAGGAGAGGAGCACUUCUUGUGUACGGUGUAGUCUCUCUCAAUCAGACUGGAAACUCAACCCUAUGAUGACAUGUUGGAACUGUAACAUUACCCUCCACUGGGCAUGUCAGACAGAACCGGUCAGUACACUGUCUCCCACCGACCAGGAGCUAACCAUCAUGUGGAGAUGGAGGUGCAAACCUUGUCUCCAGCAACGGCAACAGAAGUACGGUAUUCCUCUGACUCUAGAAGUUCCCCACCGAAAUGUUGCAGUCCCCGUAACUCUAUCUGUCCCCUACACCAACUUUGCUACUAAUCCUGUCGGCAACAUUUUUUCUAAAUUAGCGGCGACUCCUGCUACACGAACAGAAAAACAACCUGAAACAACCCCCACGCCUACCAGUAACAUCUUCAGUAAGUUCCAACCCAAAGUAGUGAUAAAGAGAGAGAUACUAAAACAGGCAAAGACUGUUCUAGAAACCAAAUCUUUGAUAAGUCCCAGUAAACUACCCUUACUUGCCGGGCCUUCCAUCAGUGCGUUAAAGUCAGUCAGACUGCCUAGACUUGAGCUAAAGGACUCCAAUAAGUUUGGAAAUAGAGUCCCUCUCCUCAGUAACAAUGUGAACUCAGCCUCCGAGCUAAAACCAUCAAAUUCUAGUUCAGAACCUCAGAAUACUCCAGAACAAUCGGACAGGUCAGAUUCUAUCACUCCGCAAGCAUCUACAACUACUGAUACCCUCGGUAAAGAGGGGUGUGAGGAAAGUUCCAGCUCUUCAAAUCUAGCGUAUGGUGCUGGGGCCCCUCCCCCCUUAACCUUACAGAAAAUACAACCUGUUGUAACCCUUACCAGACUUCCAUCGGUAUGAGGUGACCCACCCCCUCACGAUAUACCGACAUCUAAGACCACUGGAAACACUUUACCGUAACAUGCUGUGUUUUGUGCCGCUUCCGAAACUUCCGCCCCCAACAGUGGCCACAGUAACUCCACCUCUUCCUAAUAAACACAACACCUGGAACCCAGGACUUUGUUCUUCAAGGGAUAAUGUUCCGACACUAACACCUAAAAACCAGUCUUCUGUUCUACAAAAUAGCUGUCCUAACCUGCGAGCAGUGUUGGACACACUCAAAAACAGUAUAACCGUUCCUAAAGCAGGUCUGGUAAAGUCACCCCACAUAUUAAACAACUGCCUGUUACCAGGAAGAUACGGAACCAUAACCAGUCCUCGCCCUAUUUGUUCUCCCUCCCUAACAAAGAGCUACGUACCUGCUGACUCUGAUAUCAUAUCCAGUCCUCGCCCUAUUUGUUCUCCCUCUCUAACAAAGAGCUACGUACCUGCUGACUCUGAUAUCAUAUCCAGUCCUCGCCCUAUUUGUUCUCCCUCUCUAACAAAGAGCUACGUACCUGCUGACUCUGAUAUCACCUCAGUUCCGGACCCUACUCUGGCAAUGUCAGGUGUUCUGUCCCAGACGGAGAUGCUUCUCUCCUCCAGACUCAGCUACCCUAUACUGUUCCGGUUCCCUGCUCCUGAAAACGAUUUAUCUCCUUACCCCAGACUUGGUGUUGUGUUUUUCAGCGUUCAGAAUGUUGUACCUGGAUCAGUGGCGCCCCUCCCUAGAUCCCUUACAUCAUCUUCACUAAAGCAGAACAAAAAGCGUGGUACUAAGAGAGGUGCAGCUUCUUUAAAAGCUGUCACUAAAUUAGUAAAAUAUCAGAAUAGUGCACGGGAUACUGAAGGGAAGAAGAUUAAUGACGAGAAUAUAGGAGGUUCAGUUAGAGGAUGUGAACCUCCUCUCAGAACGUAUUCCAUGAGAACUAUUCGUAAGAAACGGUCAAUCAGUUUUAUCUUUUGACAUCUUAUUUGAAUCUUAGAACAUGCUAUUUAUUAAUCAAAUUCCCUGAUGAUCCCUCGUAUGUGACCCAUGCAUCAUGCUACUGAUAA